AUGGCAAACCAGGCGGCCCCAAUGGAGGAGAUCAUCUGGAGGUCACCACAACAUGUGCAGAUGAUGGGGGGUUACCUCCAUUCCAACAACAUUCUCUUCUACUUCGCCGAGUCUGCUUUCUUUGAUCCCCAAUCCAACAACGGUAUUCUUGCGACACAGGCAACCUACAAUGAGUCCCUUCGGCACGUGGUCGAGACGCGCGCGACAUUCGAGGGCAAAUUGAAGCAAAUGCAGGGACUCGAAUUCAUCGUAUCCUAUGACCCCCUCGAAGCUGCAGCGCGAACAAAUCCGAAUCGCUUCGAGACCGAGCCCAACAAUAUCUGGGUGAUUCGCAAGCAGGAACGGCGGAAGCGAAAUGGAAUGGAGGACGAUGUUACUCUACUUGCGACAUAUUUCGUGGUUGGGGACACGAUCUAUAUGGCUCCUUCUGUGGCUAGCAUUGUUGGAAAUCGCAUUCUCACUGCGGUCACAUCCAUCUCUCGACUCAUGAAGACAGCCUCGACCCUACCGAUCUUCACUCCCACCACCGGCCAUACAUAUCUCCCACCAACAGCGCGCGCCAAUGAACCUGGUCAGCAGCCCGCUCAACAAAGCAAGGAAAAUACGCCAAUGCCUGACGCCACACAACCGUCCGGGGCCGAGACACAAACAUCGACCAAGGCCAAUCUUGGGGUCUCGGCAGGUAGCUCCAGCUACCAGGACACGCGGAACUUGGCCGAGGCCUUUAACUUGUUCAAGCGAUAUGGGGAUGAGUUCAUGGACGAACAUCCCUUGACUGGCGAACCCGGCUCGUUCAUUCUAUCGCGUGCGGGUGAGACAGAUCGUCCAGUCGGUGCUGCGGCAAAAGUCGCUUCUAAAGCUACCCUUGGUACGGGGGCGAACACUCCCGCUGGAUUGCGAGCCCGAUCGACCACUCCUCAAGUCCGAGUUGAUACACCCGGAAAAGCCCAGGACAAGGGAAACACCCCUCCCAGUUCUGGCGAAAACAAAUUGAAGAGGAAAAAAGGUCGUGUAGUGAGUUAA